CUGUAAAGGAAGUGCAUGAGGGUCGGUUUUCGGGUAGUAUUUUGUAGUGUGAGAAACGAUUGGAUAAUUGGGUUUAAAUGCCAAUGGUGUUCCUUAUGGAGCCCAAGUUAUGCAAAGUGAAUAGCUUAACGAACAAAUUAGACAGGACCAUGUUGACAAUUCCUUUAUAUCAUGGGAUAAUGUAAUCAAUAAGUAUGCAUCAGUGAUUCCUAUCGACAGUUAUUGUGAAAGUUUUUCUGGUCUUAAGAUGCAUGUAGAUGGAUCCUUACCUGUUGUAAGAGAUAUUUCAGCACCUGUCUGUGUUUUCUGAUGAAAGAAACUUGAGCAGUGAGUCAAUUUACAUACAGUUACAGGAGUGGAUAGGUUAGUGAAGUGAAAUCGGUGUAAACAGAUCCACAAAGAUGUCACUUUAUCCCAGACUUCAUGAUCCGCUGGUCUGUGAAGUCAGCUGGAACAUUUGAAUUAGUACCUGAUUUUAUUAUUUUUUUUAUAUUUGGAUGUUUUUGCUGUUUUGAAUAUAUACUUGGAAGUUGACGUGAAGCUAUUGUUGUUGAUGGAGUCUCUAGCCAUUGUCACACACUGUACCUGGACACAACCAGAAGCAAUUCUUCUCUGUAUCACAGAGUACACGCUGUUUGAACUGUGUAUUUCUUUGACAAAAUACACACAACAGUGGUUUUACUAACAGAACAUGUUCAGCUUGUCCAUUGACCACAGCCAUCCACAUUCAACAAUGGAUGAACAAUUUUCUGUCUUUGUUAUUCUAAGGAGAUAAUUUCCGUCAGAUUAUCCUGGAGGUAGAUUAGCCUACCGGUGGAAUUUCUGUGUAGGGGUGAUAGUCAAACCUUGAGAUGCAGUGACAGACUUUUGACAAGUCUUUAGAACACCUAUGUUGUGAUUGGUAUAACCCUGGUCCCAUUGUACCAGCUGAUCAGCCAUGGAAUAGGAUUAUUGUGAAUAUUUUAGUCUGCGUAACGUCCAGUUUAGAGGGGACACGUCAUUCAUUAAAGGCACACUUUCGGUGUGUGUGUGGUGAAUAUUUAAUGAGUGGACUUAAUUAGAGUGACAUUUCUUUCCUGGAUAUAGUAAGGAUAUGAAUGAGGAUUCGGAGACUGCUCAUCUGAUGGAUGAGGUACCGGAGGACCCUGGGUAUGAGGUACCUAGACAAGCCCCUCAAUUCUCCAAAAUGGUCUUCCCAUUUCCAAAAUCUAAUGUCACACUGGAGGUGCCACAAGGAAACCAGCCAACCGCAGGGCACCAGAGUAUGAGCUCUCUCUCCAGUAAUAGCACCGUGCAGACUCAGUCCCGGAGCGAGUCUGGGUCGAGUUCGUACGGGGCGCAGUACCACGGGGCGGAGGCCUGGUGGAGUGUGGGCGAGUUUCUACACCAGGGGAUUACUCACCAGAGCGUGGGGUUGUCCCUGCAUGGAAAAAAUGAUGAUGACACGUGGGAUCUGAGCGACUCCAUCGCCGAUCUCUACGUGGAGGCUUCCGAAAGAGAAAAGCAAGAAAAAGACAAAAUAGCAGAACAACUGAAGGAUUCCAAGACUGAGAUCGACAAGAAAUGGUUAGAGAAAGACACAAACAAUGGAUUUGUACGAGUGUUUCAGCCGGAUUCUGAGGUGUCUAAAGUGUUCCCAUGUACUUUCUCCACCACAGCUCACAAACUCUGUUUACAAUGUGGCAGACCUCCAAACUCAAUGCACAUACAACUGAAUGGGGACAUCAUUAGGAGACUGGAACCUUUUGAUUGUCCAUUAGCUGUUCAGAAUGAAUAUCUACAAAAUGUGGGCUACAAAGACAACAGGAAGAUACAACAGAUGGGGCUGUGUCCUGAUCUCCCCUGGCUUGUCAAGUUCUAUGCAGGCAAGCCUUUAUCAGACGGUACAUACUCCAGGAACCAGCUGACGUCGUAUGUCUACGUACGGAAGGGUAAACUCCUGUACCAGUGGGUGAGGCGACUGUGUGUGGUGUCAGGGACAAGGCUCCUCAUAUACAGAGACAAAAACAAGACCACCAAACCCACGGUUGUCCAGCUGGCCAAAGGUGAAGUGGAGGAGGUGACUGUCAAAGGCCAUGAACGGUGCCUGAAGCUGACCUCCACCCAGCAGGGGGACCGGUCAGUUUAUUUGUCCUUUGACAGUGACAAUGACUACUCCAAGUGGCUCAGGAAAGCCAAAAAGGCCACUGCCAAGCUGCCCUCAAAGGCUGAUCUCUCGAACUGUCACCUGGAGUUCUUGCCAGAAACAGUAUUCAUCAAUGAGGACCUGAAAUGUCUCAAUCUGAGACAUAAUGCCCUCAAAGAGCGACCUAUUGAGGAGGACAUCUACACCAUCGGCUGGCUGGAUGACCUCCCUAAGUUCCACAGUCUGUGCAGCUUGAACCUUGCAGACAACAAUCUAGCAAACUUCCCUGUUGCUAUCUGCCAGAUGAAGACUUUGACAGAACUAAACAUAGCCACCAACAAAAUCAAGGAAAUCCCUUCAGAAAUUGUUCACAUGACCAGCCUUCAGAUGUUACACAUCCAUAACAACCAUCUUCAUUCACUGCCGACUGAAAUGACAGAGAUGACUUCUCUCAAAAUCAUUGUUCUUGCCUUCAACUAUUUCACCACAAUCCCAGAGAUCCUACUACAAUCCCAGAAUUCCAAAUCCAAUUUGGACAGCAUUAUCAUGGCAGGAAACAGAGUUGAGAAACUACCACAUGAGGUGCUAUGUAGAAUGCAACACAUAAAGAAAAUAGAUCUGAGAAUGAAUAGUUUAUCGCUGCUUCCAAGCGAGACAGCCAAGUUUCACUUCCUGGAAUUGGUGACUCAUCUGGAUGUGAGAGACAAUCAAAUCAAGGACCUGGAUGUCCGAUCACUAAGAUCCUUGGAGUAUCUCAACUGUGAGAGGAACGCCAUGCAGAGUUUACAGGUCAACGGGUCAUCCCUAAAAAACUUGUAUGCUGCAGAUAAUGAACUGGAAACUUUCUCAAUCAAUCCCAAACCUGAAUGGCUAGUCAAUUUGGAUAUAUCUAGGAGCAAACUAUCGAGUCUCCCUUCAUGGGCUUCUGAGUGCUUCUUCAUGGUCAAACUUGAUGCUAGUCACAAUGCAAUCACAGAACUGCCCACGAGGUUGUUUUGUGAUGCACGGAAGCUGAAGGUGCUGAAUUUGAGUCACAAUAAAAUAUCAGAACUUCCCACAGACACCCAAAAUUGUGUGUUGGAGGAGCUUCAUAUAGAACACAAUCAGCUAACACUAUUACCAGGGCAUCUCAUGCUACAGGCCAACAAGUUGAAGUAUUUGAACCUGACAGGAAAUGAACUCCAGUCUGUCCCACAAUUCAGUUUUACCCACAAUUCUCGACUCUUUGAGCUGUACCUUUCUGACAACAAGCUGGAGGAUGACUGUAUUCCAUUUGUAUGUUCAUUCACGAAGCUCCGAGUUUUACACAUAGCCCACAACAGAAUAACUGAGAUCAAGAGCAGAGACAUCUCUAAGCUGGAGAACCUACAGGAGAUAAAUCUGUCCGGAAAUGACCUCCGAACACUGCCCUCCAACCUCGGAAAACACACCAAACUACAGGUCAUCCGCGCCAAUGCCAACUAUCUCAAGGAACUGCCAGACUUCAAGAGGGCAAACAAUCUCAAGGUGCUUGAAAUUGGAUCAAAUCGCUUGUCUGAUGUGUCUGUUACAAGUUUAAUGGGCUCCCAAGUCCAGCUGCUGGAUAUUUCUGGAAAUCCAGACAUAAUGGUCAAAAGCAGUGAACUAAAGGGACUCAGCACCAUUAAAAAGAUCUGCACAGUGGACAUGCGUGGACAGAAUCGGUCACUACUGGACCUCAGGCAGGCUCCGUUCGAGAGUGGCGGAUGUCCCUGGCAAACAGGACUGUCUCAGACAUCAGGAAUGAGAAACAAACUGUGUGUAUCUAUCCUAAACAAGCCCCAGUUCACUAAUGAAGUGGAGGGUCUAUUUGGAGUUUUUGAUGGUGGUCGUAACGAUGAAGUUACCAAGAUUAUUGAUGACGUGUUUAGUGACACUUUGCUGGAGGAAUCCAAGCAGAGCUUAGCCAGUCAGCAGAGUCUGAAAUAUGCCCUGCUGUCUGUUCACAGCAAACUGCAGGCCACAGGGCAGAAAGUAGGAGCGGCUGCCGCCGUUUGUCAUCUGAGGAAAGAGAGCAGUCAUUACAGCAUGUGUAUGGCUAACGUCGGGGACGUGGAGGUGGUGAUCUGUCGCCGCGGGGAGGUGGUGCCUGUUUCCAGGCGGUUCCUUGUACAGAGUGAUCAAGAUGAGUGCCACCGGAUCUGCAAAUCUGACGGAAUUAUUACAGAGGAUGGCAGAGUAAAUGGUGUGACCCAACAAACUCGACUCCUAGGAAGCAGUUUUCUGUACCCCCAUGUUAUUCCUGACCCACAUCUGAUUCAAUUUAAUCUCCACCAUGAUGACCAGUUCAUCAUUAUAGCCAAUCAUGGUCUUUGGAAAUAUGUACCUUACGAAGAUGCUGUCAGUCAAAUUAAAAAUAUUCCUGAUCCUGUCAUUGCUGCCAAACGCCUUCAAGACUUGGCACAAGCUUAUGGAUCAAAAGAAAGCAUUGGGAUUCUUGUGAUCAGACUGUUGUUGUCAGAGAAGGAAAGAAACAAGAUGAAGUCCAUUCUACAGAAGCAGUUUCAGGCAGAACAGGAAUUACUGGCAGUUCUUAAAGAGAGGGAUGCAGUUCGUGAGGAAGAAAGGAGGAAAAAGAAGGAGGAAAUCGCUCUUGAGGAAGAUAAUGUACCUAUGGACAUCCUUAAGCUGAGGAAGCAUGGGAAAAAGAGAAUGCAGGCAUUUGAUGUGUUCCAUGAAGAAGGGGGUGAUUAUGUGAGUCUGGCUCGAACUUCGUCCAAUUCUUCUGGUGAAAACUGGGAGGAAAUUCUCCAGAAACGUCUUGCAGAGGAGGUGAAGAGCAAAGAGCUGAGACACCUAUUUGAUGAUCAGCACAAAGAAACCAAUGCUAUGAAUGCAGCAUUUGAGAUGGGAUACAACGGUGUAGACUCCACUGGGAACACACAAGACACUAACAAGAAACAAUAUAAGAAAAAGCACUAUGCACCAGAUCCAAAUGUGAACAUUAUCAGUCCUGUGAACUAUCAACCAAAUGCUUUGAUCAAUGUUAGUCCUUCUCUAGAGUCCAUGGAAUUUACAAAAGACUACAGUGGUUCUACAAAUGUGGACAGGGAUGCUGUGUUGUUUCAUCAGAUGCAAAUAGCUCGCUCCAAAAGCAAAAGUACAGAUAGCAUGGAUUCCAUACAGUCUGUUCCUAAUGCAAGUAGCUCCUCAUUCAGGGAUGUUCCAGUGGCAACUAAGAGUUCGUCUCACAGCAUAGAGGUCCUCAUUCACAAACCCUUCCAUGGAUCAUGGGAGGAAAGACUAGGUGGGUCUCAGCCAAGUUACUUACCAAACCAUCAGCGGAAUCUUUCCCUACAAGACUUUGACUGGGAUGUUCCUAGCUCCUGUCCCAAUACAAAGUCAGUGGAGAUGGAACACGUAGCACUUCAUAAACUGGACAGGAAUUUUGAUGCUUCAAUGAACAACUUGUUUGAGACUGAAACUCAAGCAAAAAGUGGUUCCCAAGAACCUCUCAUAUCAUUGAAAGGUUCUGAUGAAGGAAUGAAAGAAGACUUAGAAAUAUAUGAGGAUGAAACUAUUGUGAGUGGUUACAAAACAUCCCCAACAAUUAAAGAAAAGAAACAGAGAGCACCACCUCCCCCACCCCUCCCACCCAGAAUGGAUGAUCUGUAUGCAAAACCACAAAAGAAAGAAAGGAGAGCUCCACCCCCACCUCCAACUGAUAGGACACCACAAGAGGAAACUACAGUGAAUGGUCAGGAGAAUGAGUUAAAGUUAACACCUCCAACUGUUAAACCAUGUGUUCCUCCCAGGACAUAUCUGUCAAAGUCUGAGCCAGUGGAGAAUGCUCAGAUGAAGAAGUUGACUGAUUCUCUUCUAGCCUUAAAAGGGGGCGAUGUGUUAAACAUCCGUGCCAAGAUAUCUAAAUUUGAAGCAGGUAAAAGUGAACCCUCAAAACUUCCUGAGAGGAAUGUGGACUAUAUUUUGACGUCGGAGGAUGAGGAGACACAGAGGAGUGAAGAUAAGGGUUUUCUGAAACAUGAGCCUGAUAUGAACUCAAACUCUUUGACUAGUCUCCAGAACUUUUACUUUGCUCUCCAAAACGGAACUCACACCACCAGCCAGUGUCUUGAUGAGGCUAGUAAUCCGUUAAACACUCCAUCCAUGGAGUCCCUCCUACACACGACUCUCAGCCAGCAGAGUGUGAUAGAGACAUACUUAUGACCAAGAGUUCACCAUCUUAUCUCGGAUUUACGCAAACAGACUGUUGCCAUUUAAAUGCAUAAUGAUCUUGAUUCAUUCUAAACUGAAAACGGUGAAAAGUGAUGGAAAAUUUUAAUAUGCAUAAAAAGUAAAAGAUUAACUGCUGGAAAUGGUUGGGGUUGCAAUUGGCUUUGAUUCAUACAAGUUGCUUGUUUUUAUUAACAUAUGUUUAUUUUGUAUCAUUGAAAAAUUUGUGCAAUAUGAUUUUCUUGCAAAAGAUGAAAAUCGACAAAUAAAAAAGUAAAAAAAGGAAA